UAUAGGGGAUCUGAAAUAAAGAGACCGCGCCAGGUUCCAGCGGCGAGGGUUUCCACGUCCUUGGUCUUGUCCUCGUUUGUCGCCGUCGAAGCCACGGAUUGCUGUUUUGGUGGGAGGGAAAGGAGAAGGGCGACGAAGUCGCUUGGUGCGGAUCUACCGAGCGCAAAGCUUACGGUUAGCGCUUCGAUUCCUGCUGUCGGAGGCGUCUCUCGGGCGAGGGUGUUGGUAAGGCCAAGAUGAGCGCGAGUCCCGUACCGGCUUCGGACACCCACGGCAAUCUGGAUGAGCAGAUCGCGCAGCUCAUGCAGUGCAAGCCGCUCUCCGAACAGGAGGUUAGAGUGCUUUGUGAAAGGGCUAAGGAGGUUUUGAUGGAAGAAAACAAUGUUCAGCCAGUGAAGAGCCCUGUGACUAUCUGUGGUGAUAUUCAUGGUCAAUUUCAUGAUCUGGCAGAGCUAUUUCGAAUUGGUGGAAAGUGUCCAGAUACCAAUUACUUGUUUAUGGGUGAUUAUGUGGAUCGUGGAUACUACUCUGUCGAGACAGUUACGCUUUUGGUGGCUCUCAAGGUGCGUUAUCCUCAGCGAAUCACUAUUCUCAGAGGAAACCAUGAGAGUCGUCAGAUUACCCAAGUUUAUGGAUUUUAUGAUGAAUGCCUGAGAAAAUAUGGCAAUGCAAAUGUAUGGAAGAUCUUCACCGAUCUUUUUGAUUAUUUCCCAUUGACGGCAUUGGUUGAAUCAGAAAUUUUCUGUCUACAUGGUGGAUUAUCUCCAUCUAUCGAAACUCUUGACAGCAUAAGAAACUUUGAUCGUGUCCAAGAAGUUCCUCAUGAAGGGCCCAUGUGUGAUCUUUUGUGGUCUGAUCCUGAUGAUAGAUGUGGUUGGGGUAUUUCUCCACGUGGUGCUGGUUACACUUUUGGCCAAGAUAUAUCUGAGCAAUUCAACCAUACCAACAAUCUCAAAUUAAUAGCCAGAGCUCAUCAAUUGGUUAUGGAGGGAUAUAAUUGGGGGCAUGAACAAAAGGUGGUCACCAUAUUUAGUGCACCAAAUUAUUGUUAUCGAUGCGGAAACAUGGCUUCCAUAAUGGAAGUUGAUGAAUGUAAAGGGCAGACAUUUAUUCAGUUUGAACCAGCACCUAGGAGAGGAGAGCCUGAUGUAACCCGCAGGACUCCUGACUACUUUCUGUAAGGCAAAGAGUAGUGGCAUAUUGUUGGUUCCUGACAGGAGUGAUGCUUGCUAGAUGAUGAGGUCGUGAUUGCAUAAUCCUCAAAAGUUCGAUAGUAAGAUUAUAUUUCUGUAGAUGAAUAUCUUGUAUAAUGUUUUUGUAAGUUUUAAUCCUUGUUACACAAGGUUGUAAUGCAGCACAUAUAAUUUUCAAGGGAAUUUUUUCCCUUUGUCUUA